GAGACUGCCAGGAUAGGCCCAGGAGUAAUGGAAUCCAAAGAGGGACAAGCGGGAAAAAAUCUCCAUGUGGAAAAUACCCACCAAGAAAAUGAAGAAAAGGAGGAAAAAGAGCAAGACACUAAUAAAGGAGAGCCCUUGACACUCCCUUUGGAAGCUGAUGAAUUUUGUGUACCUAGAGGAAGUCGUAGGCGACCCCGUGUUAGGCAGCCUAUCCUGCAAUAUAGAUGGGACAUGAUUCAGAGGCUUGGAGAGCCACAGGCAAGGAUUGGGGAGGAGGUAAGAGAGCUGAUGGAAAAACUUAGGGGAAAGCAAUUGAGUCAUAGUCUGAGGGCGGUUAGCACUGACCCCCCUCACCAUGACCAUCAUGAUGAAUUUUGCCUUAUGCCAUGA